AUGCCUCUGCGGAUGACGGCGCUGUACCCGGUGAACAGUGUGCGGCGGCCCUGCCAUCUCGUCUGGGAAAAUCACGGGCGCCCCCCAUCUGCUGGUGAGUCGUUCCUUCCCCUUUUCUACCCGUUCGGCAUCAAUUCUGGAAAGAUGUUGCCAAGCAAGAGGGGUGCUGAUGAUCUCACAAGAUUCUCAACUGACUCAUUGAUUUCAGGUUUCUGGAGUGAGCUGAGUUACGAAGUUGCAUCAAAGUUGUCUAGAAGUGUUGUCUCAAUUGCUUUGUCCCAUGGUGAUCUUGCAGGGCAAAAUGUGCUAUUUGCAUCCUCUGGCAUAGCUAUAGAAUGCCAGCCUAACCUCACAAAGUUUGUGACGUCAGCAAUUUUGGUUAGAGCUUUCAAUGAUGAAAGAAAUGGCCAUGAUAACAUUAAGAUUGAAGUACGCGAUGGAGGAAAUGUUGCCAUAGGGACUGUGGUAGAAUAUGACCUGGAUCAUGUAAUUGCUGUUGUCGAAGUCACGUCCGCCCUUGAUGUUUAUUGCGUACCUCUCAGUUAUGUGGAGGAAUUGAUGCCUGGUAGAAAGGUUGUGGCAGUAGGGCGUGACAUCUCUGGCAAAUUAAUGGCCACAAGUGGGACACUUACUGCUUCGGGCCCUAAAGAUUGUGGACACCUUAUGUUCUCUACAUGUAAAUUAUCUGAGGUUAUGCAGGGGGGCGCACUUUUUGAAUUUGAUGGGAACUUUGUUGGCAUGAACCUUUUCUCGAAUAUGAAAAGACCCAUAUUCAUGCCAAGGGAUAUAAUUUCUGAUCGUUUGAACCAUUUACAGACAUCCAUGGAAAAGAAAACAUUUCUUGCGAUGAUGAAGUCAGUCAGGCAUAGAAAAAGACUGACAGGUGUGGAACUUCGCUCGUAUCCUGAAGGUAGCAUGAAUGUUAAUACUUUUGAAGAAAAGUUUGGCGACAAAUAUCCUACUGGUGUCUGGGGUAAAUUCAAGAAAGAAAUUUCUUCUCACAUAUCUGACAUUGUUGUCGCACUUGCUUCGUUCCAUGGUGAAUCAAAGUUCUUUGCAUGCACAGGAUUUUUCAUCAACUAUGAUGGAUGUCCGACUAUUCUGACCUCUGCCAGCUUGGUUAGGGAUCCCGAUGGCGCAAAUGAGAUUGUGAGCGGCUUAAGGAUUGAGGUGUUGCUUCCAAACAACGAACAGACUGUAGGGGAAUUGGAACAUUAUAGUUUACAUUACAAUAUUGCUCUAGUCAGCGUCAAUAAUUACAAUGUUGAGUGUCCUGUGAAGCUGGAACCUGAGUCGAUAUGUUAUGAUGAAAUGGUAGUAGCUGUGGGCCGUUGCUUUGAAUCAGGUAUAUUAAUGGCUACAAGUGGGAAAUACAUCCAUGACUACGACAAGGUGUCAAGCGAUUUGGAUUGUGAAUAUCUUUGGUACACUACGUGUAGAACCACUAAGGUUGUUAUUGGAGGUCCCCUUGUUGAUUUGAAUGGAAAAUUUAUGGGCAUCAAUUACUAUGAUACAGAAAUAGGAACCCCGUUCCUGUUUUUUCUUGAUAUCUGGAAAAUUUUGGUUGAUUUGAAGGCAAAAAAGGCGAUGAUUGGUGGUCAUGAGGGCUGUGUGGAAGAUGACAACGGACCACCAAACAUCUGGGUAUUGCCUGCCUGA